UUGGGGCGUCCAUGAUGAACGUAGGAGGGACGCGUUCGGGCGCGCGACGAGUGUAACGGGGGACUGAGAAGAAGCCGGAGCGGCGCUGAGGUGAAGAAGAAGCCGGAAGCCGCCUUGAUCCACCAUGUCUUUAGCAGAUGAGCUUUUGGCUGACCUUGAAGAGGCAGCAGAGGAAGAGGAUGGCAGUUUUGCAGAUGAAGAGGAUGAGUCUCCCAUUGAAGAUGUCCAUGAAGAGAUGCAAUUGGAUCUGGCAACUGAUUCAGUCAAAAGUAUUGCCAAACUGUGGGAUAGCAAAAUGUUUGCUGAAAUCAUGCUGAAGAUUGAGGAAUACAUCAGCAAGCAACCAAAAGCAUCUGAAGUUCUAGGUCCUGUAGAGGCUGCUCCUGAAUACAGAGUCAUUGUGGAUGCCAACAACCUCACAGUAGAGAUUGAGAAUGAACUGAAUAUUAUACACAAGUUUAUCCGAGACAAAUACUCUAAGCGAUUCCCAGAACUAGAAUCCCUUGUUCCCAAUGCUCUGGACUACAUCCGAACUGUUAAGGAACUGGGCAACAGUUUGGACAAAUGCAAGAACAAUGAGAACCUUCAACAGAUCCUUACCAAUGCCACAAUCAUGGUGGUCAGUGUCACGGCAUCCACCACCCAGGGGCAACAGUUGACUGAGGAGGAACUAGAACGCAUCGAGGAGGCCUGUGACAUGGCCCUAGAGCUGAACCAAUCGAAGCACCGCAUCUAUGAGUAUGUGGAAUCCCGUAUGUCCUUCAUUGCCCCAAACCUGUCCAUUAUUGUUGGGGCCUCUACUGCCGCUAAGAUCAUGGGCAUUGCUGGUGGCCUCACAAACCUUUCCAAGAUGCCAGCUUGUAACAUCAUGCUCCUGGGAGCCCAGAGGAAAACUCUCUCAGGCUUUUCCAGCACUUCUGUGUUACCUCAUACUGGCUACAUCUAUCAUAGUGACAUUGUACAGUCACUGCCUCCGGAUCUGCGGAGGAAAGCAGCGCGUUUGGUGGCAGCAAAAUGCACCCUAGCAGCUCGGGUAGACAGCUUCCACGAGAGUCCUGAAGGGAAGGUUGGAUAUGACCUCAAGGAAGAGAUUGAGAGGAAGUUUGAUAAGUGGCAGGAGCCACCUCCAGUGAAGCAAGUGAAGCCACUGCCAGCACCUCUGGAUGGACAGAGGAAGAAACGGGGAGGCCGCAGGUAUCGUAAGAUGAAAGAGCGUCUUGGCUUAACAGAAAUCCGGAAACAGGCAAACAGGAUGAGCUUUGGAGAGAUUGAAGAAGAUGCUUACCAAGAAGACCUUGGGUUCAGUCUUGGCCACUUGGGCAAAUCAGGCAGUGGCCGUGUCCGGCAGACCCAAGUCAACGAGGCCACAAAGGCACGCAUCUCAAAAACACUGCAGCGCACACUCCAGAAGCAAAGCAUGGUGUACGGAGGAAAGUCAACCAUCCGGGACCGUUCCUCAGGCACAGCUUCCAGUGUGGCCUUCACUCCACUGCAGGGUCUGGAGAUUGUGAAUCCACAGGCAGCCGAGAAGAAGGUCACCGAAGCCAAUCAGAAGUACUUCUCCAGCAUGGCAGAAUUCUUAAAAGUGAAGAGUGAAAAGAGUGGUAUCAUGUCUACCUCAUAGCAAAUAUGGAUGCUGCUGUUUUGACUAGCAGUUGGAACCACAUCACAUAUGCUAAUAGAAGAGUCUACACUGGACAUGGACCUUAUUGAGGUUGAAGUUCACUAGACCAUUUGACUUUUCCAGCUCAACUCCAAGGUUCUUUCCAAAUAUCCUGGGCCUAACGACAUCAGUUUUUUCCCUUUCUGUUCUCAUAUAAUCCACCAGAGAGCCUGCUAUUGUUUUAGCUAUUGAUAGGGUGGACUGGUCUAAUAGAACUGAGUUCUCUGCCCUAGUUUUCCUUCAGUAUUCAAAACAAUUAAGUUGAAAGCUAUUGAAUGGCAUGUAAGAGCCACGCUGAACUAAACUGUCCUGUCUCCCCCAUUACUCUGGAUCAUCUUGUGUGCAACUUUAAAACAAACUAAUUUUGUAAAUACAGACUGGGCUGCCGCCACUCUCUUUCUCCAUUGCUGUCUAGGAGCACUAGGUAGCUAAUCCUUCCCUUUAGAUUCUGGGUUCGGAAGAGAUUACUUAAAUAAAGAACACUUUGCGUCCUGUGCAUAUAGAUUCCAUACUGCCCUGGAAUUAAUUGUAACAGGACUAUGUUUUAAUGUGGGAAGUGGGGCAUUUGAAGGAAUUCCCCCAACAGUGUUUCCAUACUCAGGUGCCUCCCUGUUGUGUGGAUUUUGGCUCUCAGAAUUCCUCAGCCACAUGGCUGUUGUUGAAUUCUGGGAGUUAAAGUCCACACAUACAGAAGUCUUCAAAGUUGGGAAACACUGCUGUAAUUAAGAGUGCACCUUCCCUAAUUCAUGUCCUCCAGAUGGCCUGCGAGCUGAGGUUGAUGGGAGUUGUAAUUAACACCUUUGGGCGGCACUGGGUUAGGGUUGGACUUGCUUAUAUUUAAGUGGGGGAGAGUCAUAUGAAUCUAAGGCAAAACUUACGUCAGUGGCAAAAUGAAUAAAUAUGUGUAGAAAUGUGGUUGAGUAUAACUGCAGGAAUUUGAGGAUAAAUUGCAUUCUGUUUCUAAUACAGAAGUGAUUAAUUAAAAGAACAAUUUUUCUUAC